CUGACCGGCUAUGAAAUGGCGGCUGACAGAACACCACUGCAGUCGGUGCACAGCAAUGAUCAGGACUUAGUCCUGCUGUUGUCUUAUUCUUCCGGAGCCAACCGUUUCUCUGGUUCAAACAUGGACAAAGAGCUGAAUUCCAGAAGUAAUAUGAGAGUGACUGCUCCUGACUCCAAGGCUUCAUUUGACCAACUGUAGAAUCAAGGAGUUGAAGCAAAUCUGGAGUCAGCGGGAAUCAGGAGGAAAACUUUCUGCUGGUUGAAAACAUGCCUGACUUAAAGGAAGGUGAUUGUUGUUAGAGCUCUGGGCCCUCAAAUUAUUUGAAGGUUGGCUUCUUUAAAACAGAUCGCACCACUCAAACUGAUGCCAGUGACAUAUUGGAACUGAAGAAAAUGAGUAAUGAAGUUGAGUCACUAGUAAAGGAAGUUACCAUUCUUAAAAGAGGUUUAGAAUCCAAAACAUUGCUCCUAAAAGCAGACUAUGAAAAGAAAGUGCAGCAGCAAUCUUUAGACCUGUAUAAUAGAAUUAAUGACUACAAUUCAUAUCUUCAAGAUACAUAUCUACAGAGGAUUGAAGUCCUUCGUAAUAGUUUUAAACAGCAGCUUGCUAAUGAAGUAGCAAAGAUCAAUGCUGGAUUUGAGAAAUACUGUAUAGAAGUAAGUGCAAGGAAUCAACUGUCUCUUGGUGAUAACUCUGUGGUCAUGAAUAUACUUAAGCAGAAAGAUGCACUAAUUUCAUCUUUGAGAGAACGAUUACUGGAUUAUGAGAUGCAAGAACAAAUGCAUCAGCUCAAUUUGGACUUCAAGGAUGAGUUUGAGAGAGAUCAACUCGUUCAAGAAAAAGAAGAACUGAAGGAUCAGAUUUACUUAGUGAAGAAGAAUGCCGAAAAGAUGUCAGAAACCAUUAAUUUAAAUGAAAUGCAAAUAAAAAAUUUAGAGAAGGAGGUUCAAAUGCUGAAAGAGGAAGGUGAAAAAUAUGCAAGCAAACUGCGAAAGCUGAUUGCAUCUGAAGAUAAUUUGAAAAAACAACUGGAUGCUGAGAAAUCCAAAAGGGACCAUAUGUUGGAGGCACAGAAAUUAAAAAUGGAGAAUGUAUUAAAUGCUACAUUGAUUCAGAUGGAAAUGAAGGAGCAAACUGCUCAAGAGCUGGCUGCAUCCUUAAAGGAAAAGGAAACUGAAUUAGCUGACCAGAGGAAACUUUCUUCUGUACAGAAGGAGAUUAUUGUCAAGGAGGAUGUUUGUCCAGUACCAAAAGAGGUGGAAACUGAGGCUGUGAGUAAAGACAAAGUCAUUGAUGAAUUUCAGAAACUCAAGAAGAUAGAUGAAGAACAAAGAAAACUUAUUGAGAGCCUUAAAAAUCAACUGGAACGGACAAAUCGGAUCUGGGAAAAGAAAUUUGCUAUACUGAAGCAAAGUUACCAUGCAAUAAAGGAUGAGAUGUAUCUGAGAUGUUCUUUGCAACGUCAAGCACCAAUCCUUCACUGUGCUUUUGCACGUUACACAGUCAGUGAUUCUGUUGGAAUUGAUUUUAAAGAAAGAAAUCAUUUGUCUCCAUAUUUCACAUUGCCCCAAAUAGGGUCCCACUCAGCACCAAGUACAGCACAAACAGAGCCUCACAUGAACAGAACUCCAAGUGCCCCAGGUGCUGUUAAUUUGAGGUGUCCAGUAUCUUCUUCCCACAUUGAAUUCCACAGUUUGUCAAUUUUAUUUCUGGUCCUACUGACAACUUCAGUUCCCUUGGGAUCCUGGAACCCAAACUCUGCUGGUUGAUGCUCCACCUGCUGGUCAAAUUAACUGGCCCCAAUAGCUCUUAAUUCAGCCAUUGAUAAUCUCAUAUCCACUGAAUACUUGUUGACAUUUCUGCUCUUACCUCUAACGAUUGCCUUGCUGUGAACUUAGACUUAUUAUAUCCUGCUCGGUAUUGAUGCAACUUUUCUCUCCCUCCUCUCAGUACAGUUGCUCAGGUCUUAUUGCAUUCUAAGAAUUUUCACACUGCAGUGCUCCACCUACACCAAACCAAAAACCUGCUCUCAAAUCAUUGGUCACAACCAGUAGUGCUGCGUAUCAGCAUUUCUUCGAGAAACUCUUUGUGGUUAGAAUGGAUACACCAAUAUCAAUAUGUUCAGUAUGGGGUGAGGCUCACUGCUGUCAAGCCCCAUUACAGGAGCCAAGGCCAAGUUCAGGCAUUGCUGUGGAUAGUGUGAGGAUUAAAAAGGAUUUUGUGGAAAUAACUAUAGACAUUGGAAUGGCAAAGAGAGAAAUCGAGGGACAAAAUUAUUAGAGGAUACAUAAACAAACAUUGAGGAAUCAGAAGACAGUUUCUGAAGAAACAAUGGAAGAAAAUUAGAUAGGGAGAGAGAUAUAUUGAAAGGAAAUAUAGAGAAAUACUAGGCCGUCAGGGAGACAGUACAGAGAGCUAGAGAAAGAAAGAAACAAAUUCAUAGAAAAGGCAAAGAUUGAGAGCUACAGAUUCAGGGGACAGAGAGAAAGGGACAUUAGAGAAACAGCUGGGAGGACAAAUAGAUUGGCAGUCACAUAGGCACUUGAAACAAUACGCAAAACAAGAAAAAAUGAUUGGUGGGCUAGACAAACACACAGCAGGUAAACAGUGUCAAGGACAAACAUUUGAAGAACCCAUAGAACUGUUGUCGACACACAAAAGAUUACACAAACACCAAAUAAGUAGUGAGCAAGGCAUCAGGAAAUUGAAUGGAUUAUUAAAAUAAAAACAUUGUCUUCUGUAAAUUCCCCGUACAUUUUUCAGCAUUAAUUAUGCACAUUUAUAAUUACAUCCAGCAUCUGUAAGCGUCACUGUGUUAGGAUUUUCUCAUUGAAAGCACAACCCUUUAGUCAUUUUUUUUCAAAGUCACAAAAUCAUAGAAGCAUACAACAGAAUCCCGACAGUGUGGAAGCAGGCCAUUCAGCCCAUUGGAGAGCACCAAAGGAAAUCUCCUGCUGAUUACCACAAAAUGUCCUUUGAAAAUAAAGAAACAUCAGGCCCUUUUUUCCCUUAUCAUUAGUGGGAGCGCUGAAGUUAAAGGUGUUAAGGGUUAGAAAUCAAUAGCAGAUCGACAGGAGGAACCACAGUGGUUGGUCAGCAGUUUCAAGAGAAUGAAUAUGAUACAAGUAACAGUCUUUGGAAAUGCAUGGUUAAUUGGGGGAAGGAAUAAGAGGAGAGCCACUCCUAGCCAUAUUAUAUGACAUUUCCCAACUCUAUUUGUAAACAGCAGCCAUUGAUGGCUUUUCACCGGACCUUCUACCCCUUCUGCCCAUAGGUAAAGAACAAAGAUUAGAUAUAGAAACAGAAGAGAAAAGGUAAACAAAAGUCUUAGGAAGAGAGAAGCAGAGGGAAAUAAAGAGUCUGAAAUAAAGCUGAAGCAGAGACACCUAAAUAAUCAGCUGUACAAAGGCAAGAGAGAUAGGCAAGAAAUUUUCUCAUUGGUUAUUAGAGCAUGUCAUAUUGAAUACAACAAUCACUUGUCUAAUAUGAGCAUAAUGUACAUGUCUCUGUCUACAUUCCAAUGUGACAGUUGAAUCAAAGUAAAAUAAGGUAUCAACUUCAGUCAAGCAGGUGAAGAAAAACUAUUUAGGUAUCUAAAAAAUAUUAAAAACUUGCAUCUCAAGGAAAAUAUGUUCUAGCAGUUGUAAAUUUGGUAGUCUGUUUUCCUCGGUAUGGUACCUUUCAUUACCUACAACGUCCGACAGCAAGCGCCUAAUAAGGAUCCUUCACUGUAUUGAUAACCCCAGCAUUUCUGUAGAAACUUUUUCCAAAAGAGUUCUGAUCACAUCUACAGGCAGGAAACUGCAGCAAUGACUUGAAAAGUAAUUACACUGCUUAUAGAGAAGUCUAUACAAAAGAAGUGGGUGAAUGUGUUGCAAAACCUCAAACUGUUUCGCAGACUGAAACUUCAUUGAGUGGUUUUGGAUGACAUGAGGGACGUACACACUCACCAGCCAUAAGAAAUUAUUGAAGGUGCAACUGUCUUUUAGUUAAUUCCAGGUUAAUGCAAGUUGAAGUCAAGUCUGUAAGUAUUCCAACAGAGAUUAAGAGUUUAGAAUAUGAUCUUUCUCCUCAAUUUCUAUCCUCAGCAUUCAUUAAACACAAUUUUGUUCUCAUAUCUCGCUCUUGCAAAUUGCUCAUGCAAAAAAGUACUUUAAUAUACCAUAUGUUUUAUCUCAUGGAUUAGUGCCUCUGGUUCCAAUUUUUAAAAUUUAUUAUAUCAUUUUAAGAACUUUAGACUUUAAAACAUAUUACUUCCUUUAUUUCACAAUUUUUCCAAUGAAGUGGCAGA